AGUGACCACUCCGUAGUUCUCAAAUGUGGAUCGCUUUCAGGUUACCAUGCAACCUGAUAGAGCAUAGGCUGGAUCAUUUGUCUUUUCGCGAGUAAUACAUGUAAUUAGACACGCUAACUUAACUGUAUUUAUUUCCCUGUUAUAUUUAGUCAAGUUUGUGUCCCACACCGAGCUUAUGUUUUCUCGAAUAAAUUAGCUCACUUACUGCAGACUCUAGUGUGCGGCAGUUAGCUAGCCGACGACGGCGUCGUUAAAAAAAAGCUAAACGUUCCCGUUUUGUUGGGUUAAAAUAAAGUGGCGUUACUGACUGUAGUUUCUGUCACAUAAAAACACCGAACUUUGCAGAAUGAAUGUCGCUAAAAGUGGCUACCGUGUAUUUUCUGCAAACUCCUCCGCUGCUUGCACAGAGUUGGCUAAGAAGAUAACAGAGAGGUUGGGUGUUGAGCUGGGAAAAUCUGUCGUCUUUCAGGAAUCUAAUAGAGAGACAAGAGUGGAUGUGAAAGAGUCUGUCCGUGGGCAGACCAUCUUCAUUAUUCAAACCAUACCAAGAGAUGUCAACACAGCCAUCAUGGAGCUCCUUAUUAUGGCUUAUGCUCUUAAGACGUCCUGUGCGAAGAACAUCAUUGGAGUUAUUCCUUACUUCCCCUAUAGCAAGCAGUGCAAAAUGAGGAAGAGGGGCUCCAUAGUUUGUAAACUGUUAGCUUCAAUGUUGGCUAAAGCAGGAUUGACACAUAUCAUCACCAUGGACUUGCAUCAGAAAGAGAUCCAAGGCUUUUUCAGCUUUCCGGUGGAUAAUCUGCGAGCCUCCCCGUUUUUGAUUCAGUACAUACAAGAAGAGAUCCCUGAUUACAGAAAUGCUAUAAUUGUGGCAAAGUCCCCUGCUGCAGCUAAAAGGGCUCAGUCCUAUGCGGAACGUCUCCGACUGGGUCUGGCUGUGAUCCACGGCGAGGCCCAAUGUGCCGAGUCGGACAUGGCCGAUGGAAGACACUCGCCGCCGUGUGUGCGCAACACCACAGGGCACACGGGACUGGAGCUGCCUACAGGCAAACAACAAGCUCCGUUCCCUGGCAUAGAGCUUCCAAUAAUGAUGGCCAAAGAGAAACCUCCGAUUACUGUAGUUGGAGAUGUCGGUGGAAGAAUCGCCAUAAUAGUGGAUGACAUUAUAGACGACGUAGGAGACUUUGUUGCUGCUGCAGAGAUCCUGAAAGAGAGAGGGGCGUAUAAGAUCUACAUCAUGGCCACCCAUGGUUUACUUUCUGCAGAUGCUCCUCGUCUCAUAGAGGAAUCGGCUAUCGAUGUGGUGGUUGUGACCAACACGGUGCCCCACGAGGUGCAAAAGCUGCAGUGUCCAAAAAUCAAGACUGUGGACGUCAGCAUGAUCUUAGCCGAGGCCAUCCGCCGCAUCCACAACGGGGAAUCUAUGGCCUACUUAUUUCGCAACAUUACAGUGGAUGACUAAGGAGCGUCAGUGACAGACACCUCUACACCUUUUACUAACGAAACGCUGUUCCACGUGUUUUUUGAUUGACAUGCGUACAUGUAAUCCUGAUUCAGUUAAAGAACUUCUCAAAAAUUGA